AACGCCCUCUCAUCUAUAUUUUUCUCUUUCUUUCCCUCUCCCAACUCCAAACUCCAACUUCCCUUCUUCAAGACCAAGCCAUACUCUCUGAAUACCCCUCAGAAAAUGAAACAAAUAAAUUCACACAAACCCACCCCUUUCUCAGUCCCAAGUCCUUUCCCUCAAACAACCCCUUUCUUUGCUAUCUACCAUUUUAAUAUAAAUCUCCUAUACAAACACCCUCACACACAUAACCUAAAUGCCAAGCAAAAGGUUAGGUAACUGAUGGCAACCCUAAACACCUUCUUCCCAAACCCCUCCCCUUUUACUGCUGCUCUCUCCCUACAUUCCUCUAUGCAAUUCAGCUCUCACUUCUUCUUUGGGUUAUUGCCAACUUAACUCUCCUAUUGAGCCAGCUAUCAACAACGAAGAAUCCGACACUAGUUUGCUUCGUUUUCUUGUUCUUUUGUUUGUUUGUUUUUGUUUUGUUUGGAAUAAUGCAGCUUCACAUAUCGCCAAGUUUGCGGCACGUCACGGUUUUGCCAACGAAAGGGGUGAGAGAUUUUAUCAAAGUGAAGGUCGGGUCGAGAAAGUUUUCAUAUCGCAUGGUUUUCUAUUCGCUUCUGUUCUUUACAUUUCUUCUCCGGUUUGUGUUCGUGUUAACGGCUGUGGAAAACAUUGAUGGACAAACCAAGUGUUCUACUAUAGGCUGCUUGGGGAAAAGGCUAGGACCAAGGAUCUUGGGAAGAAGGCUUGAGUCAACUGUCCCACAAGUAAUCUACCAAGUUUUAGAAGCACCUGUGAGCGAAGAAGAACAAAUACGAGGACCUGAUGAAUUAAUUCCACAAACAUUGGAAGAUUUUGUUGCGGAAAUGAAGGAUACUAGACCUGACGCCAGGACAUUCGCUAUUCGACUCAAAGCCAUGGUCACCCUCCUUGAACAGAGGACUAGAACAGCCAAAAUCCAAGAGUUCCUUUACCGCCACGUAGCAUCCAGCAGCAUACCGAAACAGCUCCACUGUCUCGCUCUAAGGCUAGCCAAUGAGCACUCAACCAAUGCCAAUGCCCGUCUCCAGCUCCCCUCACCGGAAUUUGUCCCUGCUCUCGUCGACAACUCCUAUUUCCACUUUGUGCUCGCCUCCGAUAACGUCCUCGCAGCCUCAGUUGUUGCUUCAUCUCUUGUUCACAACUCAUUGCACCCCAAGAGGGUUGUCCUUCACAUAAUCACCGACAGAAAGACCCUUUCGCCAAUGCAGGCUUGGUUCUCGUUACACCCUUUGAUGCCCGCCAUCAUUGAGGUUAAAGGGCUGCAUCAUUUCGAUUGGUUUACAAAAGGGAAGGUCCCGGUGUUGGAAGCCAUGGAAAAAGACCAGAAAAUUCGGUCACAGUUCAGAGGCGGGUCUUCGGCUAUUGUGGCAAAUAAUACUGAGAAACCUGUUGUCAUUGCUGCCAAGUUGCAAGCACUUAGUCCUAAGUACAAUUCGCUAAUGAAUCACAUUCGAAUUCAUCUACCAGAGUUGUUUCCUAGUCUGAAUAAGAUAGUGUUCCUGGAUGAUGAUGUUGUGGUUCAAACUGAUCUUUCACCUCUAUGGGACAUUGAAAUGAAUGGAAAUGUAAAUGGAGCAGUAGAAACAUGCAGGGGAGAGGAUAAGUUUGUGAUGUCAAAGCGGUUGAAGAGUUAUUUGAACUUUUCUCAUCCCUUGAUAUCAAAGAAUUUUGACCCCAACGAAUGUGCAUGGGCAUAUGGCAUGAACAUUUUUGAUCUAGAGGCCUGGAGGAAGACGAAUAUAAGCGAAACAUACCAUUACUGGCUUCAACAGAACUUGAAAUCAGACCUAAGUUUGUGGCAGCUAGGGACAUUACCUCCAGGUCUAAUAGCAUUCCACAGUCACGUCCAAAUAAUUGACCCCUUCUGGCACAUGCUGGGCCUAGGGUACCAGGACAAUACAAGCAUCGCAGAUGCUGAAAGUGCUGGUGUCAUCCAUUUCAAUGGCCGAGCAAAACCAUGGCUCGAUAUAGCAUUCCCACAACUUCGGCCACUAUGGAGCAAGUAUGUGAACUUCUCUGAUAAGUUCAUCAAAGGUUGUCACAUCAGGGCAUAUUAGCAUGGAUUUUGAGAGGAAUUUGUUCCCCGUAUUGAUGAUAAAUGCACUUGCAUAUGAACAACCACAAGCAAGAGAGAGGUUCUUCGCAAAUUCAAGAUGCGAGAUGAUAACAGCACUAGGGUUUAGGGUUUGGAGUUCUGAGUUCUUUAUAAUAUAUUUCUUUUAUUUUUUUUUUAUUAUAAAAGAUUAUAGUUUUUCAACCUUUCAGUUUUCAUGCGAGUUAUAGAUAAUAAUACUGUAAAUAAACUCAAUGUCUCAAAAUGCAUGAUGGGAGACCCCGUCAUUUUUGUUACCUC